AGCAUGGUAUUAUAGUGAACUAUAAUACCUCCAUGGAACCAGGAAUUGUUUUGAUUUUCGGUACCAAUUUUUUUUAUGUCUACUGGACCGUGAUCAAGGCUCUCUAGAGUCCUGGUGUUAGCAGGAGGGGCUGUGCCUCUCCGGGGCCUGUUGUUUCAACUCCCUGCUCUCACAAGAGCCCAUAGGCGUUUUACGCCACAGCUUUAGCGGAACUCAACUAGAUUUUUUUGUCUAAUAAGCUGCAGACGCAUUCUAUAUGGAUCUAUGCAUGGACCUUUUAAUAAGUCCAUGAUAUGUUUCUGCAUUGCUGCUAAGCCGGAAUUUAGAUAAAAACAACAAUGACGGAUGGCUAUGCUUUACUGAACAACAAUAAAUAUGAUUCUUCGCUGUCGUUUUACAAGCUAUGUCGAUGCUAUAAAACAUGGGUGUGCAAGACUUAGUCGACGUGACGCUUUUACUGGUCUCUUGAACAUUGAAACAAAAAUAGAACUGACAUCCAUGAUAACUAGAAUUUACCCAGCAUGCAUUUCCCAACAGAUGAUACAUUGGUGAUAGAACGAGAGGAUUUACUGAAGCUAAAUUUACUUCAUCCAACUGAGAAGGAAAAAAAUAAAUAUGAAAAAAGAUGGAAAGGAUUCUGUAAUGGAUAUAUUGAUCCAGAUUUGCUUGUCUGCAAGGUGGUGUACUUUUUAUUUUACGGUGCAUAUGGCUCACUUUAUCCUCUUCUUGCCGUCUAUUUUCGACAACUUGGAUUACUUCCAUGGCAAAUAGGUAUUUUAGUCGGACUUCGACCUAUAACCGAGUUCUGUGCUGCUCCAAUGUGGGGAGGUAUAGCAGAUACUUGGAGGAAAGCCAAACUGAUUCUGUUGAUGUCACUAUUUAGUUGGUUAGUCUUCACCGAGGUAUUAGUAUUUAUACAACCAGCCAAGCCAUCAUGUUUGCCAAUUAGCUCUGGUACAACACUCAAUGGCUGCGAGUAUAUAGUUUACCAGGCCGACAUGAUCGGUGAGGUCGAUACACCUGUUACAGCGAUGGAUUACCCAGUAAAGAUGUCAAAUAACACUAUCCACAUCUACAGUAUAGUCUAUUGUUCCAAUGACAUCCAAGAGGUAUUCCUACUUCUAAUGCUGUUUACAAUCCUUGGUGAGUUCUUUGGUUCACCAACAAUAACACUUGUGGAUUCGGCCACAAUCGGUUAUUUGGGGAAAUUGAGAACAGAUAACUAUGGACGACAGCGGAUGUUUGGUUCUCUUGGCUGGGGUGUUCUUAUGCUCAUUGAGGGUUUUAUUCUAGAUGCAACCGAUACUGUGUACUACAGCUGUGGAAAUGUUGAGAAAAUUCACAAAAAUUAUCUUGUCUGUUUUGGAGCGUUUGCUGUCAUGAUUAUCAGCGCGUCGGUUGUCGCCACGCAAAUACGCUACAAAUACGACUCUGACAAAUCUGAUCGUGAGAGAUUUUUAAAACUCUAUGGAACAACAGGUGAAAGUAAAACUAGAAAAGAGUCAGAUACAUCUGAAUCUUCCAUUCUAACCAGUGAUACAACAUUGGAUGUGGAUUCAACUACUUCUGAAGAAGAAACAUCGUUUAAUCAUGUUCUUCGGAUGUACCUUACGCUGCAGUACGGUUCUGUCUUGUUUGUAGCAUUUUAUUCUGGAUUUUGUAGUGGUCUGUUUUUUACAUUUCUUUAUUACCACCUUGAAAGUCUUGGAGCACCGAACACUUUAUUUGGCAUUGCAUCAAUAACCAACCAUACUUCGGAAGUUGUGGCAUAUUUUUUCAGCUCUCAAAUCAUCGAACUGUUAGGUCAUACUAAAUCCAUGUGCUUGGCUCUUUUGUGCUACGUGGUGCGGUUGCUAUCUACGUCAUUACUUCACAACCCCUGGAUCAUACUUCCCUUUGAAGCUUUACAGGGAAUAACACAUGCAUUGGUAUGGGCAGCAAUGACCUCAUAUAUUGGCCUGGCAGCUACUCAGUCACUUCGGUCUUCAGCUCAAGGUGUUUUACAAGGGGUGCACAAUGGUCUUGGAAGGGGCUGUGGUGCAUUCAUUGGUGGUGUUCUUGCUUAUCAUUAUGGCACCAGUACUGCAUUCCAAGUGUCCGGAAUCGUUUGCAUAAUCAUUCUUAUCACUUUCGGCUGCAUACAAUCAACAUUUCCGGAAAAUAAUGAUAACAAAAAAGACAAAAACGAUGGUAGGACUAAAUCGAAAUCGUGUAGGAAGACCAUGGAUAAAAAGAAAAUUAAAGGAGAGAGCAAAAGCAGGGAAGAAUUCGAAGAAACAGAGGAAGAGCAGUUCAUAGAUUGACGAGGGAAACCGUGAACAAGCAUGCAGACUGUACAUUAGUGUAGAAAGAGGAAACAAUAUAUUCACAAUAAGCCAACAAGAACCUCUAUUUAUAACAAUAUGUAAAAAUUGGAUAGGUAGAUAAUGAGAACUUUGUAAAAUACAUCCCACCAAUUUGUAAGCAAUCACUGGUGGUGGAACUGGAUUGGAUCUGCGAUGAUAACGCGGAAGAUAAUAUACUUCCAUAAAUACAAGCAGACUAUGUGCUAUAGCAGUAAUUACCUUGACAAGUGUGAGGUUGCAGGAGGUACAUUUUCAUCCAACUGGAUGACUUUUCUUUAAAUGUAAGAAUUAUUUUUAAGGUUAUUACAUCACGUCAUGUUCGUUUAUUAAGAGCCCAGUUUCUACCAUUUAGAAACAGUGCUUUAAAGUCAGGCUUCAGAGAAAAAAGUACAAGUUUUCUAAUACACAAAACUAUUUUUGAUGAUGAAAGACUCAAGAGCGGUUAAUGAGAUACAGAUUUUAUUUUUAUAUUUAAAAACUGGGGAAAAAAGUUGAAAACAGUGGUGGUUACGCCACUUUUUCCCCAGUUUUUAAAUAUUCAAAAAUCUGUAUCUCAUUAACUGCUUCCGAGUUUUUCGUCAAAUAUGCUUUUUUGUGUCUAUGAUUGUAAUGUGUGACAUGUGACAUAUAGGCCUAUUAAUUAUAGGCCUAUAUAAGUUCUAAAAGAUAUAUGUUUCGUUACUAAUCACAUUGCCUAUAUGCCUAUAUAUAAUAUAUGGAUAUAUAUAUAUAUAUAUGGAUAUAUAUAUAUAUAUAUAUAUAGGCCUAUAUAUAUACAAUCAUGCAACCUCACCCGUUAGCCCCGAAAGCGUCAAGAAAAGUGUUGAAAAACGUGAAAAAAAGAACGUGUCUAUGUGAUCAGUGCAAUGCCGCAAUACUUUGGUUGUAGAUGGACAACAUGUGUUUCAAUUGACAGAUGUAUAUAUAAGAAAUGUUACAAGUAAAGAAAUAAACUCUAAACCAUCUUACGGUAUCUUUAAUGGGUAUUAUACUUUGUAAACAGUAUAUAUUUAUAUGUUGGGAUAUUUUUGUGGUUUAUUAAAAACGAAUUUUAAUUUACAGUAGGUAUGUAUUUAUAACUUUUUAUGUAUGAAUUUUUCGUGGUUUGUCUUAGUUGCAAACUUUUUUUUAUUCAUUGCAUUUUAAUCUCACCAACACAAUACUGUAUAAAGAAAUAGAUAAAAUAUUAACAAGAAUGCUCAAAUAGGAUCAUGAUGUUAUAAUCGUCAAUCAGCCCUUCAACGACUUGGUAGCGAGAGGCUGCAAGUUCGAAUCCCGUCAGAGGCACUUUCAUUGACCUGAAGGCUAUUCCUAAUACGAUUAUAACAUCAUGCUAUUUUAUAUUAUUUAUAUAUUUCUUUAUAUAUAUUAUUAACUGAUAUGUUUAUAAAUGAAUAUAUAGGCCUACAUGUUUAGAUUAACAAAUAUUGUAUAAGCUUAUUACUGAUUUGUUUAUAUAUACAUAACUUAAGUACUUAUAUUAAUUUUCGUCUCAUCUUGUGAUUUUCGUUCAACAAUAUUUAUUUGAACCUAAUUCAAUUAAAUUUAUUCAAAAUAAACCCGCACCAAGGGAAGGAGAAGUACAAACAUUACAUUAAAUAAUAUUAAAAGUUCACAAAUAAAAUUUGAAAACAAAUAAAGUAAAAACUAACACGCAUCCAGAAUGGAGCAUGGUAAAUUAAAAAGGUUAUUGUUAAAAUUAAUAAUUGUAUUAAUUUUAAAUAUUAAAUAGGCUCAAAAGUUGAGCCAUAUGUUAUACUAAA